GUACAAGACCACCCAUUCCGCGCUUUGAAAUGCCUCUGAGGAUUGGCGUAUGGCGGGCCAAUGGGCAAAACUUGUCCUAAUUUGGAAGAUUGUGGACACUGGCACAUCAACGGAGAACAGUUCCUCCGGUUCAUCCUUAUUCAGCUCGCUCAAGACCACGGCCGCGAUGCGGACGCCGUGCGGCUAUCAUCCUCCGGCUACACACUUGCUGCCAAAGGCGUUGAGAGGCUUGAUCUUGGUCGCCUGCGACACGAGAACGAUGCAUACGAUCGACUGCAGCCCAUCCAGGGGACACAUGUGACGGUAUGUCUCGGCAGUGUGGAUCUGGUCCUCCCAUACUACUACGACAGUGAUGUCUUUAAGCACUUCUUGUUCCUUGGCUGGGCUGGACUGCCUCUGUUUGACUGUAUCAACCAAAAUACCAAGAUCGAUAUUGUGAAUGAGGUUGCUGCGGCUUACAGGAAAAUUCACAGGCUGCACAUUCUUCACCAUGAUGCAGAGCAACGCAACAUCAUGCACGAUCAAAUGGUGGCAACAUUAUGAUUGUAGAUUUCGAGCGGGCUGAGUUCCGUAGUCGUCAACCCCUAGGCUCGCUCAGCCCUAACGCUCAGAAUCAAGGAAGCGACGGCGAAAACAGAAGCGAGCUAAGGAUGAUUUCACCGCCGUAAUGUCAGGGGAUGACACAGGUACUUGUUCCGUGACAGAAUUCGGAAUUGUACCAUUGCGCCAUAUACAAAAGAGAGAUCCCUCUACUGCAUUUAAGUAGCUGUGGGUACUUAUAGUUUCCGUCAUUCCGCUGGCACUUUCCCAUGCCCCGUUUCCCUCCGGUAGAAGGGUGACCUAGGUCCCACCCGACCGCAGGAGCGAGCUCCGACAAGCUCCCAUUGGCUGGAGGGCAUCAACUGGCCAAUGAUAGCGGCUGCUCGAUGACCCCACGCGAGGCGUUUCCAACCA